AUGGACAAGAUUUUUAAAGAUGUUGGUGAUAUCCAGUCCCGACUCUUGGACCACAGGCCUGUCGUCAAUGCAGAGAUCCGCUACUUUCUGAGAGAAUUUGAGGAGAAAAGAGGACAUAGAGAGUCCAGACUGCUGGAGAAUGUCAAUAAAAUGGUGGUGGAAACAAAUAAACAGAUGCUACCAGAAAGUUUAGAAGGCAUGAACCAGCAGCUGUCUGAUAUCUUAACUCGAUUGGAGGCUGCUAAUCACAUGGCAGCAAGAGUCCAGCAGAGGGAGCUAGAAGCCCAUCAGAGCACCAAGCUGCAGGCCAACAUGGAGCAUUUGAAAGACGAGUGGACGGAGUUCCUGAAGGAGCAACAGAGGUUAAAGGAGAAGGUGGAUGAGGAGCAUGCAAAAAAUGUCGGACAACUCAGUGCUCGGUACAGCAAAAUUAAGGAGGACUUGGAUAAAUUAUCAGAUUUCUGAUUUAGCUGGGGCUUUUAAUCAUGCUUUAGCACAGACAAUUUGUGCACAUGGACAAUACAUGUUUUAAGGAUCAUAUGUAUACAUAUGCAUCAGGGGCGUGUUCUUCAUGUGCAAAAUGAAGCUGUUGGAUUUGGUAAGCAUACCAUUUUUUUCCAAACUGUAUGUCGCUCUGGAGUAUUUGUUCAAUUCUCUAAAAAUGCAUCAUGAAGAAGGAAAAAAAACACAAGUCUGAUUGAUCUAUAAGUUGCAUUUCUUUUUGAAAUGUGGUGCUACUGCUUAAUACAACAAGAAGGCCUCAGGGCAAAAUAAUUUAUAUUCUUUUCUUUGACAAUUACCUGGGCAUGGAGAUGUUCACCCAGUCACACCCUGGGCUCUAUUUGUAGACGUUUUGGGGGUCAUCUUUUCACUCACAUUUAUUUAUAAUGGAAGCUUUUGCAUUAGCAAGCAGAAGCUAAUGACCUAAUUAACAUUAUUGUAUUAGCCAAAAAGAACUCAGAAUAAAACUUCAUGACACCACUGAACAGACAAAAAAUGUAAUUAAGUGCCUACAUGCACAAACCAUUUGAUACGUAGCUAAGUGUGUGCACAUUUCACUCACUAAAUAUUCAAGUACUAAGUUCUUUCUACUUCUCCCUUUUAAUCGUUGGGUCGCAUGUUAAUUUGACACAGUUGGCGCAACUCCACAUGCGCCACGGGCAGAAAGGGUCUUGAACUGGGAACCUUCUGCUCUGAACACAAACACACUAACCACUUGGCCAUCACGCUGCCCUCACGAAAUAUAUAAAUAUGCUUUUUUAAAAAGCAUCCAUUUAUACACUUAGCCUUACCUUAGCUGAGCUGUAUUUUUCCAUUGCAACUGUCUCAGCAAGUGGAAAUCAAAUCAAAUGUCAAGUUGGAGCUUGUUCUUGAAGACCCACCACCUCUUUCAGAUCAGGUACAGGAGCAGCAUUCAGUUGUCCACACGUGUAGACAGCGUCAGUCUUGAUGCUGAUAAUGCAGUACAUUUCUAACAUAUAAGUCACUUUGAAAUACAAAUUUAAAACAAAAAAUGUGCAAUUUGUAGUCCAAAAAGUUUCACACACAUAAUUACAGUUCCUGCAUAAGUGUCAGUGUGUCCUUAAUCAUUGAUUUAAAAGUAUAAUAAAAAUUUGGCCUUUGUGUCAGAACUUCAGUUUUCUGUCUUUAGCACAUGGUAAAUGCACAGCAUGAAAAAAGUUUUGGAAAAUGUCAUAUUUAAACAAGCAAUCGUCAAUCAUUUGAUUUUGUCUUGGCCGUGAAGUUCUCAACAUUUCAAACUUUCAUGGAUUCCUGCCUGAAGGGUACUGAUGAUAGAUUUGCAUCGGCCUCAAGUUGAAAGAAAAUUGGACUCUGGCACCAAGACAAGAUAUUCUGAGCACUGAAAUCGAGAUCAUAAAGUACUGAAAGCAAGAUCAUUAAAGGUUAGAAUAAGCUGUUCAGAGCAGGUGUGUUUAUAGCUUGGGUCAGGUUGAAACAGAACCAUUCCUCAGCAGUUCUCUUUUGUUUAGACCAUUUGCACUGUGACAUUAACUUCAUAUAAACAAAUUUCUAUGAAGUAAUGUUGGUAGUAAAAGGCCUCUGCUGAAACCAGUUUCAAUGAGCUCCACCAGCUGCUAGUUUUUGUUUGCUUUACCACUGAAAAUUAGGUUUUGCAUCACAUAUCCAGUGUUUUCAUUGGCGUUUAAGCAGUAACAGAGUCAGAUUUGAUCCCAUGUUAUGCAUGUUUUUUUGUUUUUUUGUUUUUUUAGUUUGACACCAACAUUACCAACAGUGUCUUGUUUGCACACAAAAAUGUAUAUUUUUUUGCUCACUGGUCAGAACCCUUUAAAUGCGCAGAAAUUGCAGGUCUUUUAUUUUGCUUUUCAGCCUAUGUAAUUGCACGGCAAAGCCUCUACUAAAGUGAAAAGACUUGUGUACCUAUAUUACAGGUAAAUAAUGAGCACAACAAUAUUUAAGAAGUGUAAGAGCUGCAAAAUAAAUGAAGUUACUGUGUCUCGAAGCUUGGUAGAUGUUCACAAGUCUGUUUUUUUCAAGCGCUCUGUUUCAGCGCCAGACAAAUCUGUGUUUUUGCACAGGUUGUCAGAUGGGUGGACACACUGGGCACAUUCCUAGCUGAGAACACACUUUAUCUCAGACAAUGUAACAUCAAAUAUUUGAAAUACUCACCUUCCCCUUCACUACUACAAACUGCAAAUGGCAUAAAUGCUUCAAGCUGUCAAAAGUCCCAUCAUUUGAAGAAUGAGCACUUCACCUCAUCCAGCAUAGAAGUAAAAUCAAUUUUCUACAACAGCCCAUAGUGGAAUACUUCUACAGAUGUUCUGAUGCAUCUGACAGCCAAAGCCAUCUCAGUGCUGAUGUUCCAGUUUUCAUAGAUUGUAAUUUCUGGUUAAUGCUGUGUUUACACAUAACGACGACAAGUCACGAAUACCACAAAGUAUACAUUCUUGGCCGCUGAUGCACGUUACUGCGCACAACAGCACAUCGUUACGUUCCGUCGCUAAUCUCUCAGGAAUGUUGUGAAUUUGGCGAAUUGUCUUCACACACCUCCCAUAUUCAUCCUACCGUCAGCUGCUGAACCGUUCACAUCAGUCUAGAUUGCUCCUCAACACCCACCUGAUUCCACAGCAGAAGAACAACUUUGUGAUUGAAUGCAUAGUUGGGCUCUGUGCCAUGGAGUUGCACAGAAAGGAGGAGGAAGAGACAGAGUGAGCCAGGCUGGAGGAAGCUCAGCCUCGUUCUUCCCGUCAUCAGGCACAACAACAGGUGGAACACCUGCAGGAGCGUCCUGAGGAGCAUCAACAGGAAGUGUGGAAGGACACUUGGCCAACUUGGUGUCACUGUUCCUCUUCGGCAUACUGCAGCGUUAACAAUUCGUGUCAAAGCUUGACAGUUUCCUUGUCAUUUUGUAACAAUGCCUGACAGUAUGCGCUCCAAGAACCAUUACAGGAACCACUACGACUGCUGUCAUGCUCUAUUAAUGAUUGCCACUAAUCAAGACCUAUCAUCAUGCUCAGUUGCGAACUCCAUGACAUGAGGCGAAAUGAGGGUGGUGCGUAACAUUUGUAGAAGAUUUUUUUUUUUUUUUUGACAGCCAAAAACUUACUCCAUGAAUAUCAUUAAUAUCACACACCGACACGCACUGUUAAGAAAUCUAUUCUGAUGCGUCAAGUCACGUUAAGAAUGUCAGAAAUGUGCCACAAAUGACAGAAAAAUAAUAUUCGGAAUACGUCCUGCCUAUCUAUAAUGAGUAGGAAGUUUCAAGUGGAACGCCCCCUGAAUUCAUAAUUCCAACGCAACAACUCAUUUGAACACCACAUACUGUGAGUUCACAAUCCAAAAUGGCUGCUCUGGGCAUCAACAGAAAUGAAAGCUGCAGUUUUACUGCUUUUUGUUGUUGUUGUUUGUUUUUGUGGUUUUUUGUUUGUUUUGCGUUUUUAUUUUGUCUUUUUUGUGUCCAAUUAAGAAGUUAUGCACACAGUAUUGCUAUCUGUCUAUGUCGCAGUGUUUACAUGUGAAAUACCACGUAAUGUAUUGUUUAUCAACUGGUGCCGCUAACAUUGGCUAAUCUGGUAGAACUAUCACAAUAUCUAUCCAUGUACUUAAUACUGCUUAAAUAAACUUUGAUUUAAAUGCA